ACACAGGGUUCAGGGUUUGUCUGUCCGGAAGAGGAUAUAGCAAACACUGGAUGCAAAGGACCCAAAGAUUGUUUGUAUCCCAACCCCGAGAACUGUCAGACAUUCAUUCAGUGCACAGUGAAUGCAGACAAUAAGACGGGCACUCCUGUGGUGAUGCCCUGUCCGGCAGGGCUCGAGUGGAACGACAACAUCAAGAGAUGUGAUUAUCCCGAGUCCUCCACUUGUCCUAAAGGGUCCACCGCUAGACCUACUGAACAGACAUCGGAAGCACCGGUAGAGACCACACAAAAGCCAACUGAGAGUCCGACUCCCAGUCCAACUGCCAGCCCAACUGCCCAACCAUCAACUGAGGGCCAGACCAGUGAACAGCCGACUACUACUACUACUUCAACACCGGAUGAGACGACCACUCAAUCCGAUACGACUACAGAACAGUCCACAACCCAAACACCAGUGGACACGACCACCCAAUCAGAGUCUGAGAGUCCGUCCACCACCACAACCACUCAAUCCGAUACGACUACAGAACAGUCCACAACCCAAACACCAGUGGACACGACCACCCAAUCAGAGUCUGAGAGCCCGUCCACCACCACAACCACAACCAUCACAACCUCACAGCCAACUGAGUCGACACCUCUUCCCACAUGUAUUCCCGACGAUGACAGCGAUGACUCGGACUUGGAUUUAGUCGCACUUUGUAAGGAUGACAGCUGCCAGAGCACCCGCCGUACGAUUAGCCACCCGUCCAAUAAUGGGAAAUACAUCAUUUGCAGUGAUAGUCAAUCGGGUAAUACUAUCCAAAAGUGUGGACCAGGAUUACUGUUUGAUGAGAAGGUGCUGUCCUGUAAUUAUGCCGGUCUUGUGGACAGUAGGGGACCGUCAGGAAAGGUAUUCUGGCAUUGA